AUGGAUCCGCCAGCUUCCUCUCCGGUCUCGGCAGCAUGCGCUCAUCUUGACAACUCGUUUGGCCCUCACGCCGGCGAGUGUCGAGGUGGAUUCGACUUCACUCUAUUUUUCGAAGAGACGAUCCUCACAAUCCUGCCCGCGGGACUCAUCCUGCUCGUCUCACUUCCGAGAGUGUGGUUUAUGUGGAGGAAAGCCAAGAAACUCACCAGUGGCAGUCACUUGGCAACUGUCAAAGUUUCCACCUGGGUUGCGCUGGCUGUCCUUCAACUUGCAGCGCUGGUCCUCUGGUCAAGGCUCCCUUCCCCCGUCCGAACCCGGACCACCCUGGCCGCUGCUGCCCUCACCUUUGUUUCCUCUCUUGCCCUCUCGCUGCUGUCCUACGUUGAGCACACUCGCAACGUACGACCGUCCUCCAUCAUCGGUGCCUUUCUCUUUGCUACCCUCUUGUUUGACAUUGCACGGGCACGAACCUUGUGGUUACGCGACCCGUAUGUUGUUUCUCUGGACGAAGACGGUGACUCGUUUGACAUCAACAAGGAGAAUUCCCUGGCUUACCUCGCCGUCACUGCUGUCGUGGUGAAGGGGUUCUUGCUUGUCGUUGAAGCCUUGAGCAAACGAAGGGUGCUUCGACCCGAGUUCAGGGGCUAUGGCUACGGCCCCGAAGCGACAAGCGGCCUCUACAACCGGUCCUUUUUCUGGUGGCUCAAUCCAUUGUUUUGGAAGGGCUUCCAGAAAGGCCGGGUGUUGGAUGUCGACAAGCGACGUGACCUCCCUGAGCUGGACAAGCAUCUUCAGGCCGGUUACAAUUAUCGGCGUUUGGGGAAUGCAUGGGCUGCCACUGUCUCUGGUAAGUCAGUCCCUCGACAUGACCUUGCCCACAGCUGCUGA